AUGCUGUCUCAGGAGCUUUCUUUCCACACUUCGCGCCUCUGGGCCGGUCUUGCUGAGCCAGAUGCCGAACCGGCCGGGGAAUCGCAACCUGUUUUGCGACUAGCCUCGCAAAGUGCAUGCGCGGCGGUGAAUCCCUCAACUGUCGAUCUGCUUGAUAUCGCGAGCGUUUCGAGCUGUCGGCGACAGGAUAGGCUUUCGGUGGUUGUUUUGGCCCUUGUCUGGGCUCGGGGUUACUCCGGAGCCUUGGCUUUUGGGCGCCUCCUUGUCCUGGCAACCCUCGGUGCGGGCUCCAUCAUCAGUCCGCCGCCGGCUAGCUCGGAUGACGAACAGACCGAGGAUGAAGGCCCGCCACCUGUCCAAGCUUUCAACAUGUCUGCUACGGAGACCAACCCGAUUCCCUCCUCUCGACCUGCUGGCCCACCGCCACCGGAGCCUGUAAAUGCUCCUUUCCAGCCUCGUAUGUGGUACCUCCGCGCUGCUCGACCGCUGGAGGACUACGCCCUCGGCCUUUGGCCGUCUUCAAUUGAAAGGGAGCCUGCCGUGGAUGAGGAUACUGUCCGCCGCGUUCAGGCCGACCUCCUUGGUCUUCAGCGAGGCUUGAGGCCCUUUGCUGCCGCUAUCCCACUCGGCACCCCCUUCUGCAUUCAUAAUCCCUUCACUGCCCGACAGCAGUGCGAGCUUGUCGAGUAUGCUGCUGGCCCUGAGAUCAGCCCUUUUGUUCUCUUCAGAGGACACGCCCGCAGUCGGGGAUGGGCUGAUAUUGUGCUCCUGCAGCUGCAGCCUGAUGCUGCCGCUGUACACCUCAUAGGCUGUCCACAGGCGCCUGGGAACGCAGCUGUGGGCAUUGUGCUUGAGGGCCGCCUUGUGCCCUGCUGCCUUCCCGUCUGUGUAGAUACAGCGGCUUUACGUUCUCUGCAGCUCGACGGGAGCGAGUACGACCUUCGCCCCCCUGAGGUCCAGGAAGGGUCCUCGGUCGUCCAGUUCCGUAAUGGAGACUGUCUGGCUGCGGGACCUCGUCCCCCGUUACGGUCUCCUCCACCGCCCACACAAGAGGCCGCCCUUGCUGCACCGACUAGCGCAGCCGAACCUGCCGCCGGCAGCCCCGACAUCACCUCUUCCUCCCAGGGUCGCCCUUCUCUGUCAUGGGGCUGCCUCUCACUUAUUUUUAGUCGGUUUACCUCGCCAAUGCACCUCCCUUUGGGGUUACUUGCCGGAGUUGCUCUUGCCCAAGGUAUGCACCGACCAGGCGGCUUUCCGUGGGGCACUGACCCGGCGAAUCGGGACUUCUCCGGUAUUACGGCAGAAGACCCGGUCUACGUUGUUCUGCACAGCCCUUUCUUGGGGGUUUUUCCCCCAUACACUGCCUCCCAUGACACUCGCCAUGGUCGAGUGUGGGCUCAGUUCCUCAAUGAUGACCCGGGCUGGGCGUCUGAUUUCUUUCCAGUGUGGCCUGGCCCUGCCUUUAACGAGUUGUCCAUGGUCCCAGUGGGACAAGAUGCGGCUCUAGUGACCAUAAUGCUGAUGUGGCGUGGUCACCAUCGGGCCACGCUCACACCGCGGACCAUGACAGUUGCGUGGUUGACUGACUUUAUCUCCCGUCACAUCAGCAGCCCCGUUGGCGGCAUUUCACUGCCGCACGGGCUCGCGGUCUGCGAGUUCUUUGAUGUACCGCCCGCGGCGUUCCGUUUUCGCAACGGAGAUGUUGUGUACAUCCAUGACCCACCGGAGGACCCUUCUGAGCCGCUUGAGUUCGUCGAACCAUGGCACCUCCAGGAUGGUCUUGCAGCUCACCACGCCCCUUGGGCUGUGGGCUUUCAACUCAUGUUCGGCAUUUCUGUGCACUUGCUUCGCCCUAAUCGCCCACCCCUGCUGGCCUCUGUUUCCGCUGGAGAAGCUUGGUGCCCAGAAUCCUUUACUUUCUCCAGUGCCUUUCGUAACCACUUUCCAGGCAUGUGGUCACCCGUUCAGUGGUCAGGUGCCCGGGCUCUGCAACUGAUCGAGGUCCACGGUGUCGCGGCUCAGGUUAACGUGGUAGCAGCCUCCCCUGAGGGCCGCCUUUGCCGGACCGUCGAUAGGAUUGCCUCGCGUGGCAGCCUUGCCGAUCAGCUGCACUUCCUUCCGGAAUCCCUGCAGGUGGGGGGAGUCCCCUCCUACGCUCUCAAUCAGGCAUGCGAGCUGCGGAAUGGGGAUGUUGUGUUUGGCGACUUCGCUCGCGGGGCCUGCGGCGGCCGCCCGCUUCUUUGGGGUCUUGCCUUGGGCCUUGUCUCGGCCUUUCCUUCAUGUCGAACGGGAACCCUUCUUUCGAUACCGCUGGGUUCCCUUGGGGCCCAUUCCUGCCUGCUCCCUCGUCUCCUUUUGAUGACCUGGUGCCUCCCUGGCUCGCAAGCUAUGGUUCACGAAGCUUCGGCGUCGAGCCCGGCCUCAUCUUCUGCUAUUCCGCAAGCUGCUCCACCCAGGGUCUCUGUCACAGUUGCCAACCCUUUCGCGCCAUGGCACCGUGUGGAGGCUGACCCGCGACACCUCUUUGACGAUGUUAUUGCGGAUGCUCACCACACUUUGACGUCGUGGCAUCGUGGCUUUGCCGCCACUGGCCUGGUUCUAGAAGGGCCGGUUCUCGCUCUCCGUUCUGGAGAUGUUCUGGCUGUCUGCCCUUUGCAGCUCGACCCACUCGCAGGGCCUCGCGAGUCCCCGGUGUACCUGACAUGGGGCGGAACUCGGUCACCACCGCUGGGCCCCCUGCCAUGGACACCUCGGUCGCUCAGACCAGGGACGGAGACUGGUGGGUUAUCUCUGCUGCCUUUGGGCUCCUUGGAGGGCGACAUUUCCUCCCUGCCCAACUUGCCCUGUUGUUUCUUGGGCUUCUUGAACCGGCGCGCACUAUCCGUACUCCCCAACGGCCUAGCAGAAGUCGAUCGCCUUCCCAUCCCUGGCCUGGGCGGAUGGAGCGAGACCAGCUUCCUCGACCCGACUAGGGCGGUGCUUCCAAUUUCCCAGCUCACAGUGGCCCCGGUUGCACCAUACGGCUGGCCCCUGGUCCUGCCGUCGCACUCGACAGCUACCUGA